UUCGCGUGAGUACAACGACGAGCGAUGCGAGGAAAGAGACACACAGAUAGAAGGAGAGAAAAAGAUAGAACGUUCGGUGUCGGUACACGAAUUUUUACAUUUCGCUAACGUAGUGAUCAGUCGUGGGAUCGUUCGUGUAGAAGGAAAAAAAAAAUAUAUGGUUGCGACGGUAACGGUGACAGGACUGUUCUCAGGACGAACGGAGCGUGAUCAAUCGACUGGAGUAGAAGCAUCGGAGAACGUGUUACGCCGACGCUUAGUGUUGCCGAAUUUGACGUUUCGUGUAGUUGCGUGACAGCUCGAGCGACUCGAAUGACAGAACAGGAACACAGGGACGAUCCUAACCUCAAGGAGGGGCGAGCAACCUUGCCGCGCAAGAUUCGUCACCGAGAUGAAGGAGCAGUCUUUUAGAGGAGUCAAUGGUUAUGGAAUUCCACUUUCACAUGUAGCUGACGAUGGCUCCUCGUCCCGUAAACUAAAUAAGCAAGUGCUUGGCCCAGCAUGUCGCAGGGGACGGUGAUGAUUCAAGCGCAAAGCCGACUCCAAGAGAAGGACUUCACCGUCGCAACCCCCGAAGAAUUUGUCCAUCGUUUCGGUGGCACCAGAGUCAUCAACAAGGUGUUGAUUGCCAACAAUGGUAUCGCAGCAGUUAAAUGUAUGCGAUCGAUUCGACGAUGGUCUUACGAGAUGUUUAAAAACGAGAGGGCCGUGCGUUUUGUGGUGAUGGUCACGCCGGAAGAUUUGAAGGCGAACGCGGAAUACAUCAAAAUGGCAGACCAGUACGUGCCUGUACCGGGUGGGACCAACAACAACAAUUACGCUAACGUGGAACUGAUCGUCGAUAUCGCGAUACGUACUCAAGUUCAAGCAGUUUGGGCCGGAUGGGGCCACGCUUCGGAAAAUCCUAAACUUCCGGAACUACUCCACAAAAAUAACAUCUGCUUUAUUGGACCGUCCGAAAAGGCUAUGUGGGCCCUAGGUGACAAAAUCGCAUCCAGUAUAGUCGCCCAGACCGCGGACGUGCCGACUCUUCCUUGGUCGGGAUCGGAAUUGAAAGCGCAGUAUAGCGGGAAGAAGAUCAAAAUAUCUUCGGAACUUUUUAGGAAAGGAUGUGUCGCCAGCGUAGAAGAGUCUCUAGCAGCGGCUAAUAAAAUCGGUUUUCCGAUUAUGAUAAAAGCUAGCGAAGGCGGAGGUGGUAAAGGAAUCAGAAAGGUUGAAAACGCCGAAGAAUUACCAGCUCUGUUUAGACAAGUGCAAACUGAGAUACCUGGCUCACCGAUAUUUAUUAUGAAGCUGGCCAAGUGCGCUCGUCAUUUAGAAGUGCAAUUAUUAGCUGAUAAUUAUGGUAAUGCGAUAUCAUUGUUCGGACGUGAUUGCUCUAUCCAGAGAAGACAUCAAAAAAUUAUUGAGGAGGCGCCAGCCGUGAUAGCCAAGCCAGAGGUUUUCGAAGAGAUGGAAAAAGCUGCUGUGAGAUUAGCAAAAAUGGUAGGAUACGUUAGCGCGGGUACCGUCGAAUAUCUUUAUGACACGACCGGUAGAUAUUACUUUCUGGAAUUGAAUCCUCGCCUCCAAGUAGAACAUCCUUGUACCGAGAUGGUGUCGGAUGUGAAUUUGCCAGCGGCUCAGCUGCAGAUAGCAAUGGGCUUACCUCUGCAUCAAAUCAAAGAUAUACGUCUUUUAUAUGGCGAGAGUCCCUGGGGCGACAAUUCGAUCGAUUUCGAUCAGCCACGUCAUAAACCUCAACCGUGGGGUCACGUUAUCGCGGCUCGAAUUACUAGCGAAAAUCCGGAUGAAGGCUUCAAGCCAAGUUCUGGCACGGUCCAGGAAUUAAAUUUUCGAUCAUCCAAGAACGUGUGGGGCUACUUCUCAGUUGGAGCAUCGGGUGGGCUGCACGAAUUUGCAGACUCGCAAUUUGGCCAUUGCUUUUCGUGGGGUGAAAAUCGCGAUCAGGCUAGAGAAAAUUUGGUCGUAGCUUUGAAAGAAUUGAGUAUCAGAGGCGACUUUAGGACAACUGUCGAGUACCUGAUCACUUUACUGGAAACUGAAUCCUUUCUGCAGAAUAAUAUAGAUACUGCCUGGCUCGAUUUACUGAUUGCGGAACGUGUGCGAAGCGACAAACCGGACGUUCUGUUGGCCGUUACUUGCGGUGCACUUCAUAUCGCCGAUAGAACGAUCACAGCCGCUUUUGCUGGAUUUCAAACAGCCUUGGAGAAAGGUCAAAUUCAAGCUAGCAAUGACUUAGACAACGUCGUUGAUGUAGAGCUCAUUAACGAUGAAUACAAGUACAAAGUGCAAACUGCCAAAUCCGGUCCCAACAGUUACUUUCUCGUGAUGAAUAAUUCUUACAGAGAAGUAGAAGUUCAUCGUAUGUCGGAUGGGGGGUUACUGCUUUCGCUAGACGGUGCCAGUUUCACGACUUACAUGCGGGAAGAAGUGGAUCGUUAUAGAAUUGUUAUUGGAAACCAGACGUGUAUCUUCGAGAAGGACAAUGAUCCAUCUUUACUGAGAUCACCGUCUGCCGGCAAGUUGAUUAACUUCUUAGUCGAGGACGGUGGUCACGUCAGUGCUGGUCAAACAUACGCUGAGAUUGAAGUGAUGAAAAUGAUAAUGACCAUCACUGUCAGCGAGGCGGGUAGUGUGUACUACGUGAAGAGACCCGGUGCUGUGUUGGAAGCUGGUACAUUGAUUGCGCAUCUCGAGCUGGAUGACCCGUCACUGGUGACGAAGGCGCAGGAAUAUACGGGACAAUUCCUCGCGGCAGCGGCGUCGGCUAUACCGGAGAAACUGAAUCACCUUCACGCCAAGUAUAGAAACGCUCUGGAAAACACUCUGGCUGGUUACUGUCUGCCGGAUCCGUAUCAUCUGCCGCGUCUGCGUGAUCUCAUUGAGAAGUUUAUGUUCUCGCUACGCGAUCCCAACCUACCGUUGUUGGAGCUGCAGGAGGUAAUCGCGACAAUAUCCGGUCGAAUUCCUGUCUCGGUGGAGAAAAAGAUUCGCAAGUUAAUGUCCCUGUAUGAGCGAAAUAUCACGUCGGUCUUGGCUCAGUUCCCUAGUCAGCAGAUCGCCGCCGUGAUCGACGGACAUGCGGCGACAUUGUCCAAGAGAGCUGAACGUGACGUUUUCUUCUUGACUACCCAAGCUAUUGUGCAAUUGGUUCAAAGAUAUCGCAACGGUAUACGCGGUCGUAUGAAGACCGCCGUGCACGAGCUUCUCCGGCAGUAUUAUACAGUCGAAAGCCAAUUUCAGCAGGGACAUUAUGACAAGUGUGUUUCCGCGUUAAUAGAGAAGCACAAGGACGACGUAACUACGAUUACGGGUAUGAUAUUUAGUCAUAAUCAAGUGACGAAGAAGAACGUUUUGGUUACUAUGCUGAUCGAUCAUCUGUGGGCGAACGAGCCUGGUCUCACCGACGAAUUGUCCAGCACGUUGACAGAAUUGACUAGCUUGAAUCGAACAGAACACAGUCGCGUUGCAUUGAGAGCCAGGCAGGUGUUGAUCGCCGCCCAUCAGCCCGCCUAUGAGCUAAGACACAAUCAGAUGGAAUCUAUUUUCCUCUCGGCGGUGGAUAUGUACGGACACGAUUUUCACCCGGAAAAUCUACAGAAACUUAUCCUCUCGGAAACUUCAAUCUUCGAUAUUCUUCAUGACUUCUUCUAUCACUGUAAUCGUGCGGUGUGUAACGCUGCAUUAGAGGUCUACGUACGGCGAGCUUACAUCAGCUACGACCUCACAUGCUUACAGCACUUGGAGCUGUCUGGCGAGAUUCCAUUGGUGUACUUCCAAUUCGUUUUGCCCAGUAACCAUCCUAAUCGGCAAAAUCAAUCGUUGGUGGAUCACAGAGCUGGCGCGAUGGCGGCCUUCCAAGAUCUCGAGCAGUUUAACCAAUAUACGGACGAGGUCUUAGACUUGCUAGAGGAUCUGUCAAGCCCCACGCCGGUGGUGUCUGCGAAACUACUAGAGGCGGUGGAUGCUGCCGCCAGCGAGUCUCGACACAGCACGUCGAUUAACGUGUCAUUGAGCGUAGCUGAUAGUGCGGCAACGGCAACGGCGUCGUCGGCAACCGCCGGCGAUAGAUCCACCGAUGAGCCGGUUCAUAUAUUGAGCAUCGCUGUUAGGGAAGACGGCACCGAGGACGACGCCACUAUGGCCAGAUUGUUCGGGGAUUGGUGCGCGAGCAACAAGGACGAAUUGAUAUCCCGCGGCAUUCGAAGAGUGACGUUCGCUGCGCUCAAGAGGAAACAGUUCCCCAAGUUCUUCACUUUCCGUCAGAGAGACGGUUUCAUUGAGGACAGAAUCUACCGGCAUCUUGAGCCUGGCUGCGCCUUCCAAUUGGAACUGAAUCGCAUGAGAACGUACGAUCUCGAGGCACUACCGACGUCCAACCAGAAGAUGCAUUUGUACCUCGGACAGGCGAAGGUCGCGAAAGGCCAACAAGUUACCGAUUAUCGUUUCUUCAUUCGAUCAAUCAUACGGCACUCCGAUCUCAUUACAAAAGAAGCCAGCUUCGAUUACCUUCACAACGAGGGCGAACGCGUUCUGCUCGAGGCCAUGGAUGAAUUGGAAGUGGCGUUCUCGCAUCCCCUUGCCAAGCGUACCGAGUGCAACCAUAUUUUUUUGAACUUCGUCCCUACGGUUAUCAUGGAUCCCGCCAGAAUAGAAGAGAGUGUGACCAGUAUGGUGUUGAGGUACGGGCCGAGAUUGUGGAAAUUGCAUGUACGACAGGCGGAAAUUAAAAUGACCAUUCGACCUGCUCCGGGCAAGCCAACUUCCAACGUACGUCUCUGCAUCGCCAAUGACAGCGGAUAUAGCAUCGAUUUGCAUCUUUAUACGGAAGCCACCGAUCCCAAGACGGGUAUUAUCCGUUUCGAGUCUUAUCCACCUACGACGGCGAACGCGGUCAAUUGGCGGCCGGGUCCUAUGCACGGGCUUCCGAUCUCGACGCCGUAUAUGACCAAAGAUUACUUGCAGGCAAAGAGGUUCCAAGCGCAGAGCGCUGGCACGACCUAUGUGUACGAUUUGCCGGAUAUGUUUCGUCAGCAAGUCGAGAAAAUGUGGCAGAAGUAUAUCGAAGAGAGACAACCGAACCUCGAUUCAAUUACAAUCCCUAGCCCGGCGAUGGAUGUCGUGGAGUUGGUAUUAGACGGAGACCAGCUGGUCGAGCAGAAACGAUUGCCGGGUGAGAACGAUGUCGGCAUGGUCGCGUGGCGCUUGACUCUGUACACUCCGGAAUAUCCGUUCGGCAGGGAUAUCAUACUUAUCGCCAACGAUCUGACGUAUCUGAUCGGCUCUUUCGGGACGCGCGAAGACUUGGUGUUUUGCAGAGCCUCUGAGAAAGCCAGAAAGCUCGGCUGUCCACGGAUAUACUUUAGUGCCAAUUCCGGGGCUCGUAUCGGCUUGGCCGAGGAGGUGAAGGCUCUCUUCAGAAUCGCGUGGGAGGACGAGAACGAGCCGGAGAAAGGUUUCAAGUACAUCUAUCUUACGCCGGACGAUUACACGCGCUUAACCCCUUUAAACUCGGUAAAAGCUUCGUUGAUCGAGGAUCCUGCCGGCGAGUCUCGUUAUAGGAUUACGGAUAUUAUCGGUAAAAACAAUGAUCUGGGAGUAGAGAACUUGAAAUACGCCGGUCUGAUUGCCGGUGAAACGUCGAAAGCUUACGAGGAGAUCAUCACUAUAUCCGUGGUGUCGUGCCGUGCGAUCGGCAUCGGUUCUUAUUUGCUGCGUCUUGGCCAAAGGGUCAUCCAGAUUGAAAACUCGCACAUCAUCCUAACAGGAUACAGAGCAUUGAAUGCUGUUCUGGGUCGCGAGGUUUAUGCCAGUAACAAUCAGCUGGGCGGCACGCAAGUCAUGCACUAUAACGGAGUGUCACACGCGACCGACGCGCGAGAUCUUGACGGGGUGGCGACCGUUCUCAAGUGGCUCAGCUAUUUCCCCAAGAACAAAGGUGUCCCGGUGCCAGUGUUGUUGCCCGUUGUGGACUCAAUCGACAGGGAGAUCACUUACAUGCCUACAAAAACGGCCUACGACCCGAGAUGGAUGCUCGAGGGCAGACAUUGUAACGAGUCCAAUAUCUGGGAGAGCGGCUUCUUCGACCGGAACUCGUGGCACGAGAUAAUGAGACCGUGGGCGCAAACGGUGGUGACAGGACGAGCCAGACUUGGUGGCAUACCGUGCGGCGUAAUCGCCGUUGAGACGAGAACCGUCGAGCUGCAUUUACCGGCCGACCCGGCGAACUUGGACUCGGAAGCGAAAACCAUAUCCCAGGCGGGGCAAGUCUGGUUCCCGGAUAGCUCGUAUAAAACCGCUCAAGCUAUUAAAGAUUUCGGGAAAGAGGAGAUACCGCUAUUUAUCUUCGCCAAUUGGAGAGGCUUUUCGGGAGGCAUGAAAGAUAUGUACGAACAAAUUGUCAAGUUCGGCGCGUAUAUUGUGGACGGAUUACGGGAAUAUUGUAGGCCAGUGUUCGUUUAUAUUCCACCGAACGGAGAACUCAGAGGUGGUGCGUGGGCCGUCGUGGACCCUAUGAUAAAUCCUCGUUAUAUGGAGAUGUUCGCCGACAAUACCAGUAGAGGUGGCAUUCUGGAACCCGAAGCGAUCGUAGAAAUCAAAUUCCGGAACAAGGAUAUCGUAAAGACCAUGCAUAGAGUCGAUCUGGUUAUACACAAGCUAAAAGAAAAACUGUCGGUCGCAAGCACGACGGAGGAACGAACCGAGCUCGAGACGCAGAUUCGUAAACGCGAGCAGAUCCUAGAACCGAUGUAUCAUCAAGUCGCUGUGCAUUUCGCUGAGCUCCAUGACACGCCGGAAAGAAUGUUCGAGAAGAAUGCGAUCCACGAGAUAAUACCGUGGAAGAAGGCACGGCGGCUAUUUUAUUGGCGGUUGCGGCGUAGACUCUUGGAGGAAGAGAUUAGGACGGAAAUCUUGUCGACGCUCCCCAGUCUCGACGUCAGGCAAGUAGACGCGAUGCUUCGACGUUGGUUCAUCGAGGACAAAGGUGCGACAGAGUCCUACCUGUGGGAUCAAGACGAAGCUGCAGUCUAUUGGCUAGAGGUGCAACGUAAAACGGAGAACAGUGUUGUAUCGCGCAACAUAACGUGCGUGAAAAGAGACGCGGUUGUAACCCGUAUCAAGGAGGCGUUGGAAAGCUAUCCCGAGAUUAGAUUAGACGCGGUAUUAGAAAUCGCGCACAGAUUGCAACCGACCGAACGGGCGGAGUUGUUAAGAACUUUGUCGCAAUUGGAGACGACGGGGCAGGAACAUCACACGGACUCGAGCGUCUCGUCCUGAGUGCGUCCGUGUCAAUUGCUCAUUUCAACUUUGUUAAUAUUAAAUACACGUGCAUGAAAAGUACAAUUCAUCGUCGAGGAUGCAUCAUUAUUCAUAUCAAUGCAGACACCUUUGCUUAAUUAACAUUUUGCCGACGGACGAGGUUUUUUAGGUAAAUGAAAAUACAUUUUGUUGAGGAUGUGUUAUAGAAUGAAUGUGAUAUAGAAUGUAUUUAUAAGUCUUUGACGUUUUUGUUACGCUAAUGAUGUACUAGUGCUUUUUCCGUCUGCAAAAUGUCAAGGGUUGCUGGCUAUCAGAGAGUAGGUGAUAUUUUCAAAUAUUCCACAAGAUUUCACGGAUAAUUUUUAAUGAAUAUAGAUGCGACUUUGUUCCUUUUGACAUUGAAGGAAUCGCAGUUUCUCAUCGUUUCAAAUUCUAGCAAAUGUAAAGUUGAAAACAUUUAGAGAGGAAUUCCAAUUAAUAAAGUUAAACCAAAUUCUUUCGCUGAUGAUUAAUUUGUUGUUGUCAAACAAUUGUUCUUUGUAUUAUAGUAAUAGUUACAUAUCGUUAUAUAAUAUAUAAUUAAUAUAUAUAUAAUAUAUAUAUAAUAUUAGUUAUAUACUAAUAUUAUACUAUAUAUUAUUAUAAUAUAUAUUUAAUUAUAUAAUAUAUAAUUACAUAAUACAUAAUUAUAUAUAAUAAUUGCUCUACAUUGAUUACAGUUUUACAAAGUACCCUAUAUAAUCGAAAAUGGAUAAUCUUUUUAGGCACAUGUAUUCCUGUGAAAAGCAUGUCGCUACUAUUCUACAAUUGUGAUGAACUGAUGAAUUAUAUGUAUGUUUGUGGGAAUUUAAAGCGAUUAUAUAGGGUAUUCAAGUAAUACGUCACAUGUUCCUUCAGCUGUAAAUUCCUUGAAAAAUUCUAAAUAUAUUCUUUUAUGAGAAAAA